GUGCGUUGACCCGUCAGGGACAAUUUUAUCAGGAGAUACGCCUGGCGGCGGUAAGGCUGAUGGUGUGGACACACCUCCGUGUCCCAUCCGGGCAAGUCCUCCGGCAUGCCUUCUCCUAGCCAGACGCUGAGGGACUGUAAAUGUUCCUGGCUUUCCGGCUAUCUACAAUGUGGGUUGGCACCGGGAGAGCUUCCUUGUUGCCGCCCUGCCUUAGCCUGAUCUUACAAGUGGCCAUCUCCUUUACCUCAACGUCUGAGGUUCGGAGCGGUGCGAGGGUGCGAGGGUGCGAGGGUGAAGUGUGUGGAGGUGCCUGGUCUAGGGGGAAGGGUCACCCGCGCCUGGGCAUAUCGAUUCCUACCAGGUAGUUCCUGCGCAGAUCAAGAACAGGAAAACAGCCGACUACGUAUGCGCGACUGACCAGGGAGCGUUUGUUGAGGCGCGUUGCUUCCUGGGACACAGAAUAACUAGCAUUGUG